AUGGACAGGAUAAUAGACUCAGAUAAUCUUCAAAUUGAUAAGAAUAAUGACUUGUUAGAAAAGAUUCAAGAGGCAAUAGAGAGAGAAAUUGAAGAAGUAAAAUCUGUUGAAGAGGCUUUAAUGAAUGCAGAGGGAGCAAAUUUACCACAAUUAACUUCUACUUUGAUUGGAGCAUUAGGUUCUGAUGGUGGUUAUAUGAAAGAAUUGCUUGGAGAGAUAAACCACUCUCAAGUAGAACUUGCAGCAGCAUUAAGAGGACAAACUGUUGAACAAGCAAUAAGUCAAUUAAAGUCUGGUAAUAUGAGUGAGACAGAAUUUAGAAGUCUAGUUAGCAGAUUAGGAUUUAGUUUUAAUGAAGCAACUGGAAUGAUAACAACUCAAGAUGGAAGUUUUGCAGCUCAUUAUGCUGGAUGGGUAGCACAAUCUUUAGUAGAUGCACAAACUACAACUGCAAUAAAUGGAGUUCAAGUAACUGAUUUUGGUAGUGGUUCUGGAGAGAAUUUAAAUAAUUCAAAUUCUGGAGGAGCGUCUUCUGCAUCAGGAUUCCCUAGAGAAGGUCAUGUUUCAACUUCAAGUUUACCACUAAGAAUACGUUCUGGAGCAGGAACUAAUUAUAAAAUAUUAGGAACAAUGCCAAAAGGAGCGGCUGUAACAAUAAUUAGUGAUGGAGUUGAUGGUUGGGCACAAGUUUCUUAUAAUGGAAUUAAUGGUUGGGCUUCAAAACAAUAUUUAACAUAUGAUAGAGGAAAUGCUGGAGAAUUAGCUGGAAAUACACUUAAAGGAUGGAAGAUAUAUAAGCAAGAUAUGUCUGGUUCUACAUUAAAGUUUGUUAAAACUUUAGCUCCAGAAGAAAUUUUUAUAGUUGACUAUAAUGUAAAAUGGGGACAAGAGUAUAAAUAUUAUAUGUUUCCAGAUUAUGAAGAAGCAAUGGGGUCUCCUUUUGUUUCAAGUGCCGUUAGAGCUUGCUGGACAGAUUGGAUUUUGUUAAUGUGUAGAGAGGGAGACAAUAAAAAUGAAUUUGCAGUAGAAGAAUCAUUUUUGUUUCAACUAAAUACGACAAGUGGGCAAAUGAAUAAUAAUGCAGAUGUAAAUGUAUAUAAAACAUAUCAUAGAUAUCCUAAAGUUGUAAAAGGACAAUCAAAUUAUUUAAGCGGACAAUUGUCUAGUUUAGUAGGAUAUAUGGGAGAAACAAAUGGAGAACUUCAAUAUAUUGAAAGAUUGGAUAUGAUUGAUAGGCUAACGAGUUUAAACACAGAUAAUAGAAGAAAAUUCUUAAAAGAUAAAAAAGGUCAUGUCUGGGAAGUUGAAUUAACAAUUCCUACAACUUUAGAGUAUAUGGAAAAUGUAGCAACACAGCCUGUAACUGGAGGAAUUGGUUGGACAGAAAUUGCCUCUACGGAAAAUAUAUCAAUUUAUAAUGGAAACGAAAGAGAGUUGUGGUUAUUAACUACAACUGGAAGUCCAGAAUAUAAUGUUAAAUAUAUUUGGAUUGAUACAGAGUAUUGGACUCCAAGUAAAUAUUGGACUGAAGAUGGACAUCCAGUUAAACCAACAUAUUUUGAACAACAACAGAUUGAUACAUCUGAUGCUACUGCAUUUGACGAAGAUAUUUUAGCUGGAAAAACUGCUUAUGCAAGAGGAGAGAAAGUAGUUGGAACACUAAGAAUAGUUGGUCAAGGAGAAUAUGGAGUUGACACAAAAGAUGCAACUGCAACAAAAGAUGAUAUUAUUGAAGGAGCAACUGCCUACUCUCAAGAUAAAAAAAUAAUUGGAACUAUUCCAAAUAAUGGAGAAUUAAACUAUACUCCUUCAAUAGAAAUUCAAAACAUCCCGAAAGGAUAUACUUUAGGAGGAACAAUUUCUCCAGUUACAAAAGAUAUAGAUAAAAAUAUAAAAGCUGAAAAUAUUAGACAAGGAAUUACUAUAUUGGGUGUAGAAGGAACUCAAAUAGCAACAGAAGAUGCAAAUAUUACUCCACAACAUGUAUUAAGUGAUAAAAUAGCUUAUGGAAAUAAUGAAAAGAUUAUAGGAACUAUGCCAAAUAAUGGAGAAUUAAAUUACAUACCUUCAAAUGUUAAUCAAACAAUCCCAGAAGGAUAUACUUCUGGAGGAAACAUAAAUGGAGAUGAAAACCUUAUAAGAGAAAACAUAAAACAGGGAAUUUCUAUUUUUGGUGUUGAGGGAACUUUAGCUGACACAUCAGAUGCAACAGCUAAAGAUGUUGAUUUAAUGGAAGGAAAAACAGCUUACGUUAAUAAUGAAAAAAUUACUGGAACAAUAAAAAAUAAUGGUGAACUAGAAAUAAAUCCUACAACAAAUUAUCAAAUAAUUCCAGAGGGAUAUACUUCUGGAGGUUAUGUAGCUGCAGUUACAAACAGUAUAGAUGCAAAUAUUGUUUCUAAUAAUAUCAAAGAAGGUGUUACUAUAUUAGGAAUUGAAGGUAAUCUAAGGGACACUUCUGAUGCUACCGCAAAAAAUACAGAUAUUUUAAGUGGAGAAAUUGCUUAUGUUGAUAAUGUUAGAUUAGAAGGAACUAUGCAAAAUAAUGGAGAAUUAAACUAUACUCCUUCAAAUGUUAAUCAAACAAUUCCAGAAGGAUAUACCUCUGGAGGGAUUGUAGUUGGAGAUGAAAACUUAACUCCAACAAAUAUAAGAUUAGGGACAACAAUUUUUGGAAUAGAAGGAAAUUUGGAACCAGAUAAACCAGACCAAGAUAAAGACGCAGUACCUAGCACGGAAGAACAAGUUAUUAGGGCUGAUAUAGGCUAUGAACUAGCAUCAGUUACGAUAGCUCCAGUAACUAAAGAUAUAGAUGAAAAUAUAGUGUCAAUAAAUAUAAAAGAAGGCACAUCUAUAUUAGGUGUAGAAGGUCUUUUAAAAGAUACUAAAGAUGGAACUGCAACAAGUGAUAAAAUAUUUAAAGGUGAAGUUGCAUAUGUAAAUAAUGAAAGAAUAGUUGGAACUAUGCCAAACAAAGGAAAUCUAGUAAUUACUCCUUCUGUCGAAGAACAAACACUUACAGAAGGAUAUAUAUCUGGAGGAACUAUUAAUGCUGUAACAAGCGACAUAGAUGAAAACAUUAUUGGAGAAAAUAUAAAAGAAGGAACUACUAUUCUUGGAGUAGCAGGAACUUUUAAAGGAAUUGAUACAUCUGACGCUACUGCAACAGAAGAAGAUAUUGUUGCAGGCACAAGUGCUUAUGUAAAUGGAGAAAAAUUAGAAGGAACAUUAGAAAAAACAAAUUCUUUGGUUCAAGAUGUUGAAGAUAUAGGUGGGGUUUAUUAUAGAGAUAGAGCUGUAAGUUUUGUAAAGCACCAAGAUAAAACAAUUGCUGUUGAAAAAGAUGGCUUUAGUACUUUAGUUGCAAGUGACGAUAUGGUAGCAAAUGUAAUAGAUUUGACUGCUGACAAAAUAAAAGAGGGAGAAACUAUAUUAGGAAUUGAAGGUUCUUUUAAAGGAAUAGAUACAUCAGACGCUACUGCAACGGCAAACCAAAUAUUAGAAAAUGAAACAGCUUAUAUUAUGAACCUAGCACUUCAUUACAAAGUAUUCCAGCAGGAUAUACAAUGGGAGGUCUGA